AUGCGGGCAUUGAUACUGGUUACGUUACUGCACGCAGCUUCUUGUCUAGUUGUUCCUCUGGAUAAUUCAAACAUAGAUGGAAUUUUGAGCAAUAAUGAAGUAGUUUUUGUUAACUUUUAUGCGGACUGGUGUCGUUUCUCUCAGCAGCUGAAGCCAAUAUUUUUGGAAGCCAGUGAACUUUUUGCUAAUCAAGAAGCUGGCAAAGUAGUUUGGGCGUCAGUAGAUGCAGAUCGUCAGCCCGCCAUUACUACUAAAUAUCAUGUCAACAAGUAUCCAACUUUGAAACUUUUCCGCAACGGAGAGAUCAUCAAGAAAGAAUAUAGAAGUCGGCGCUCGGUAGAUGCCUUAUCGGAUUUCGUCACCAAGCAACUUGCUUCAAGUUUGAAAACUGUUGAGAAUCCUGAAGAUUUGAAGCAGAAGCUAGAGGCUUCAAAAAGAACAGUGGUAGGUUUGUUCCCAGCGUUGGAAGGUGCAGCUUAUGAUAAUUUCAAGAAAAUAGCAUCCAUCCUGCGCGAAGAUUGUAAUUUCUUUGCUGGACAGAACCCUGGCUUUGCCGCUCAGUUGAACCAGGGUGCCAAAGUAGCUUUCAGACCUUCUAAUUAUUAUUCUGGAGACUUGGGUAACUUGGAUCAGUUAAAAUCAUGGGUUAGCGAGCAUUGUAUCCCUCUUGUCAGGGAAAUCACUUUCGAGAACGCCGAAGAACUAACCGAGGAAGGUCUACCAUUCCUCAUUCUCUUCAAGCAUCCUGACGACAAUCAAAGUGAAAAAGUAUUCAGUGACGCUGUAAUCAGAGAGAUUCCUGAUCAAAAGGCUACCGUCAAUUGCUUGAUAGCCGAUGGUAAAAAGUUUGCUCAUCCACUUCAUCAUUUGGGAAAAUCAGAGAAUGACUUGCCUGUUAUAGCUAUCGACUCUUUCAGACACAUGUAUUUAUUCCCUAACACUAAUGAUUUGACAGUAUCAGGAAAGUUAAGACAGUUUGUACUUGAUUUACACAGUGGAAAGUUGCAUCGAGAAUUUCAUCAUGGCCCAGACCCAGUGCAACCUGCAAUCGAAAACCAACAGGAUCCUUCCGAAACGCAGCCACCUCCAAGUGUUUUUGAGAAAUUGAAACCAUCUCAUAAUAGGUAUACAUUGCUUGAUAAGGAUGAGUUGUAG